GGGCCGCCGCCGCCGCCGGCCGCGAACGUGAUGCAUGCGGGCACCUAGCGCCUGCACGCGCGCGGGCCUCAUGGGCACCGUGCUGAGCUUCAGCCCGCGCGAGCGGCGCCCGCCCGCCGCCGCGCCGCCGCCCGACCGCGCCGCGCUCGCCUACUCCUACGAGCGCCUCAACAACGCCAAGAACCGCGAGAACCGCGAGCUGCCGCGCGACGAGCGCCGCGCCACCCUCGACGACGCCGCCAAAAUCAUCUCCGAGAAGACGGCGCUCGAGAAGAACCUCAAGAAGCAUUCGCUGUUUAUCAACGCGCUUUCCUGGAAGCGGUUUUCGACGGCGAACAAUAAUAAGAAGAAGCUGGAAUGCAAGAGCAAGAGUGUAGCGACGUUCCGCGCUCCGCUGACGGACAACGCGCCGCUGGACCGCAACAAGAAUGUGUCGGUGCCGGGCGUGUACGCGCGGCCGGCCCCGGCGCCGCCGCCGGACGUGGCCCGCGCCAACGCGCUCAACAACAACGUGGUGUGCUACGACAAGGUGCCUGGCGCGCCCGUCGUGGUGCCGCGCAAGACCGUCAUCCAGGCGUCCACGUCCGAGCUCCUCAAGUGCCUGGGCCUGUUCCUGCACACGCGCUGCCACCGGCUGCGCGACUUCCAGGCGGGCGACGCCGUCAUGUGGCUGCGCACCGUCGACCGCUCGCUGCUGCUGCAAGGAUGGCAGGAUGUGGCGUUCAUCAACCCUGCGAACGUGGUGUUCGUGUACAUGCUGGUGCGAGAGCUGGUGGACGGCGAGAGGAUAGGCCGUCCCCAGGAGCUGCAGGCCGUCGUGCUCACCUGCCUCUACCUCUCCUACUCCUACAUGGGCAACGAGAUCUCCUACCCGCUCAAACCAUUCCUAGUCGAAGACUCUAAAGAUAAGUUCUGGGACCGCUGCCUGCUGAUCGUUGACCGGCUGUCGUUCAACAUGCUGAGGAUCAACUCGGAGCCAGGGUUCUUCACCGAAGUGUUCACGGAGCUGAAGGCGUGCGGCACGGCGGUGGAGAGCCCGCCCCCCGCGCCCGCGCACCCCGCGCCCGCGCCGCCGCUCGCCAUCUCCGCCGCCUGACACACGGAGGUGGCCGUCCUCCGGUUGGCACUAACUGACCGCCCCAGUCGUGUUUGAUGUCGGCUUCUGACACUCGAAGCUCUUGGUCAAUCGUCCCAGUUUUAGCGUUUCGAGUAGCUGCACGUUUAUUGAGUCGUUUAGUCUUCGCAGCCGGGUUUGAACGUGGAAACUUUGUGUCUUGAUGUCCAUAUUCCAUUAAUCUAAACGGUCGUUGGCAAUAAAGUACUUAAGGGCUGCGAUGUAACGUAACUGCUUAGAUUUAUUUACCCUGAGUGCAAUAUAACAAUCUAGUCAUUACUGUGUAUAAUUUUUAGUUAUUAAUAUUAGUUAAUCGAUGUAAGCUUCCCAUCUAAGCGACUCAUUUAUUUUAAGAUUUUUUCCAACUCAUAAAUCAUCAGAGACCCAUGGUGUGAUUGCUCAAAAACGCGAAAUAAUUAAAAAUAGGUACUAACAAGUUAAAUAGCCACGAUUGACCAAGACUUAAAAUGUCAUUGCAGAGUGAAAGGUUUAAAACUAAUACGAAUUAUGUGUGGUACCUUCAUAAUUCAGUAUCGUGGAUCUAUUUGAAGGGAGAAUGUGAUAUCUAGUGGAACACUUUAUUUCAAGACAUUUUAGGGUUGGUGACAUCUGAUAUUGACAUGAUAUUUAUGACUGGGACUGACGAAUACUGUUAUGUAGUCGUAUGUUGAGGGGACGGCACGGAGAAAAAAUAAAGUUUGAGAACUUUUGUGCAUUAGGCGUUUGGCGCUGCUCCCAACAAUUUUGGCUGGAGUCGCCUGAAUAGACAAUCACGUAAAUUCCGAAUGGAUUGUAAAAUCUCAGCAACUUUUCGUCGGUAAAGUGCUGAGUGUUGGCCCCUAAUGCGCGAACAUUCUCGAAGCUGCGAGGAAGACUGCUGAUGUGGUAUAUCCGAGAACAAACACACAUUCGCAGUUGUAUUCCCGACGGGAGGCGGACAGUCGCCGCCGGCGCCUCUCGCGGCCGCGACGUCAAGCUCUCCCAGUGCAACGCUGUCGUUGUGGUGUUUCGAUGUAAACCACGUUCAAGUAGUUGAUGCUGCACUCUCUUGUCUGUUCGUAUGUUUACGUAGGUAAUUGUCUGGUAAUGUUAUUUUCUCGUGCCGCUGGGCCAAGCGGUCUCUUAGUCCAAUAGACAGCGGUUAGCUAGUAAGUUAAGAGUUUCGUAAACGUAGUGAAAUGAACGUAUUGCCAUAUAGUUAGAUGAUAUUAGAAAAUGUCUGGCAGGCGGGAGGAUGCAAUAAAGCGGGAACUCCGUCGUAAUGUAAUCCGGUAAACCCUUCUAUGAAGUGUACGUAUUUAAAUAAAAUGGCCGGCUGAAAGCGGGACGUCUCCAUUGGGGCGAUGAAAUGUAUUAAUAACAAAUAGGUCAAAUUUUGCGAAGGAUUAAGCGUUUUGUACAGUAAAAUCGAAUAAAAUAAUACAUCUAAGUCUUAACCGUUAGCAUAGUUUAGACAAUGGACGGCAGGCUCAGGUCUGGGAGGCACUCGGUCCACUCUUAGCGACAACGCUUUCCUUAUCCGUACACAUCGCAUUCACUAAUAUUGAUCUCGUUAUAUUCAUGUCAAGUCAGGGGAGGUAUUAGAGCUUAGUUUCUACGAAAGUCCUAAUUAUCCGGCUUAAGUUCAGCUCUCAAAGGGAAUCAGGUUCAUAAUUGGACAGCCUAAUCAAUGACAGGCCAGGAAUCGACCGGCCACGCCGAGUGCCGUAGUUAAGAUAAAUUGUUUAGUCGAGUGAAUGUCUAAGGGUGAUGAAAUGUAAGUAUUCAAUAAUAUUAAAGAAAUAAAAAAAAGAAUCUCAUAAUACGUUCCACUCAUUAACGAUUAGGUAAAGGUAGUUGUCUGUGAUUUAUUGAAUCUUAGCUUUGUGUUAGCCAUGUUAAUUUUCUGUUAAUUUAAUUUAGCCGCUAUAAAAUUGUUCUGUUAUUUAUUAUUAUUGUGUAAGAAUAAUAGUUACUGUAAUCGCAAUAUUGUAUUAUUUUUGGAUAUUUCCUUGAAUCUGAGAAGCACGAUAUGACGCCGUCUGUAUGAUAUACAAAGUAAAACAUUUAAAUAAUCACUAGUAUAUUAAAUAUUUGGAAUAUAAUGCUUUUUGAGAAUUGACGAGACAUUUGAAGUUUUAUUAUUGUUGCUGUAAUAUUUAUGUUUAUGUUUUAAGUUAAGAAACAAUUAGAUGACAUGUUAAUUUAUAAUGAUCUCGACUUUUAUGAUGGGUAAGCUUUGAUUGGCGUGCUACAUUCCAAUUACUAGGUAAUCUAGUCAGUAACGGCCAGCCAGGGCCAGAUACAAUUCAAUAUCGAAUUUCGACGAUCUCUCCUAAGAUUAAUGAUAGUAUAACUUUGGUAUAUUGACGUGUGGCAGUGCGUGACUAUUCGGAGCGUAUACCUGGUCAUAUACCUCUUCUAACAAUAUUCAUGUAACUCACGUUUGUUAAUUAAUCUAUUGUAAAUAUACCCAAUUAUUAAAAAAAAACUUUCGUAUAUAUAAA